AGAAGGGAGUGUAACAAACAUUCAUGUUAUCCACACCCAAACCCUGCUAGUCUGUCUAACUGGUAGAGUGGGAUCUAGGGCUGCUUACUCUAAUCUACCCAGGAGAGAGGAACAGGGCUCCCUGUCCAGAUCAUCAGGUUUUAUAAAAGGCUUUGUAUAAGUGUGCAUCGCUGCCAUGUCCUCCUAUCCCAGUGCGCCACCACCUUACAAUGACCGAGACCCUCUGAAUACAGCUGGUGGGUAUCCACAGCCAGGGGGCUACCCUGCACCUGGUCCAUAUCCUCAGCCAGGCGGGUACCCUGCACCUGGUGGAUAUCCACAGCCCGGUGGGUACCCACCUGCAUAUGAUCAGCCUGGGGGCUACUACCCACAGCCAGGAGGCUAUCCUGCACCUGGAGGAUACCCAGAACCAGGAUAUAACGAGGCUCCGAAGCCUCCAGUGAUGCCCAUUUUGCCCACAAUCCCUCUGAACACAGGUGAUGCGGAGAUGUACGGAACGAAUGAUGGUGGAAGUUUUGGCUCAUGGGAUGACAAAGCUGUGCGUCAUGCGUUUAUUCGGAGGGUCUACACCAUCAUUAGCGUCCAGUUACUGGUUACUGUGGGCAUUAUCGCUGUCUUCACCUAUGUGGAUCCUCUUAGAAACUUUAUACGCGCUACUCCUGGUAUAUACUAUGCCUCCUAUGCUGUCUUCUUUGUGACAUACAUUGUCCUUGUGUGCUGUGAAGGCCCCAGGAGACGUUUCCCAUGGAAUAUAAUCCUUCUGGCAGUAUUCACACUCGCCAUGUCCUUCAUGACAGGAACCAUAGCAAGUUAUUACAGCUCAAAAGCCGUCCUGAUCUGUAUGGGGAUCACUGCUAUAGUCACAAUCGCAGUCACUAUCUUCUGCUUUCAAACCAGGGUGGAUUUCACAUCCUGCGGGGGACUCUUUGCCGUCCUGGGAAUCGUAGUCUUUAUUACAGGAAUUGUUACUGCUAUCGUCCUGGCAUUUAAAUACGUGUACUGGCUGCACAUGCUGUAUGCUGCGAUUGGAGCGAUUGCUUUCACACUGUUUCUGGCGUACGAUACUCAGCUGGUUCUUGGAAAUAGGAAACACACGAUCAGUCCAGAGGAAUAUGUAUACGGAGCACUGAAGAUCUACACAGAUAUUGUCUACAUAUUUACCAGCCUCCUUCAGAUCGUUGGAAGCAGGAUGUAGUAACGAUGAAAGGAUACACACUGCUUUCAGAACACUCUGCUUUUGACAACACUCUAAGGGAUCUUCUAAGCCAUGUGAUGAAAUGGGAUCUAUACCAGGCCGGCUUAUGUAUUUACAGAGACAGCUAAAACAUUGAUUCACUUUUUAGAAGGUUCCUAAAUCUACCAUAACUACAUGGGCUGUAACUUUCACAUGUGCCUCGUUAUAUUGGUAACCUGAAAGAGCGGUUCCGAAAGCCUUCCUCAAAGACCCCACUGACUUGGCUUUAAUAUCCUGGAGGUUGUUGAGGGUUAUUGUAGAACAUUUAUUUCUGUGGUAGGAGCUGCAGGUUCAUCAAUAGACCAUUUAAAGCUUCACAUAUGGGAUUUGGGCCAAUUCACUAGUAUAAUUUAUAUCAGAUUAGCUCAGAUUGUCUAUGGGGAAAACAUUUAGAGGACAUUUGCAGUUUUGGGCCUAAAAUUUGAUAUUCUUUGUCUGUUUUCUACAGUACCUGUUUUAGUGUUUAACACUGACAGGGUUUUUCACCGAGCCAAGAAUUUAUGGUGAAUCUCAAAUUUUAGGCAAAUACAACCGAAUGAGUAAAAAUCACCAACUCCGCUCUUUUAAAAAAAGAUAUAUAUAUAUUCUUGUAAUUGUCCAUAAUUCUGCAUUUUAAUGAAUAAAGCUUUCAGUUUUUAUAUUCAGGACAUACUAUAAAUGACAAGAUGUCUCUACCAUGAUGUAAAGAUAAAAUGAAUCCCUUAAAAAGUGCUGUUUGCUAGGGCUUCUGUAAUUAACCGUUGACCCUGUUUGAAACACGACAGGUGACGACUGCUGCAGUGAAAAGAGCUACUCGUGCUAGGAGUUGUAAUCCAAAAAAACAUUUCCUUAAGUUUACAUAAAACUUGGCUUAAUGAAAGGCCUUGGACUGUAAAAUUAUUUUUUUUCGGAACGACAGCCAUGGGCUUAAUUUUAGAGCCAUUUACAGACACUCUCAGUGUAAUGUGUAAAUAUAAUGAUUAUUAAACAACGAGGAGUCUG